ACACCCUCCACACCAUAGCUUCCGCCACUGAUCGCUGCGCACAAGCUCACGCAUCGACAGGAAGAGAGACAGACAGGGGCCAAGAAGCAGAGAUGGCGGGGGAGAAGAAGGGCCUGCAGCUGCUGGACUUCUGGGUGAGCCCGUUCGGGCAGCGCUGCCGCAUCGCGCUGUCCGAGAAGGGCCUCCCCUACGAGUACCUGGAGCAGGACCUGGGCAACAAGAGCGAGCUCCUCCUGCGCUCCAACCCCGUGCACAAGAAGAUCCCCGUCCUCCUCCACGACGGCCGCCCCGUCUGCGAGUCCCUCAUCAUUGUCCAGUACAUCGACGAGGCGUUCCCGGGGAAGGACGGGAAGCCGGCGCUGCUCCCCGCCGACCCCUACGCGCGCGCGCAGGCCCGCUUCUGGGCCGACUACGUGGACAAGAAGCUCUACGACUGCGGGACCCGGCUGUGGAAGCUCAAGGGCGAGGCCCAGCAGCAGGCCCGGAAGGAGAUGCUUGAGAUCCUCCGGACGCUGGACGGCGCGCUCGGCGACGGCAAGUUCUUCGGCGGCGAGGCGUUCGGCUUCGCCGACGUCGCGAUCGCACCCUUCACGGCGUGGUUCCUCACCUACGAGCGGCACGGGGAGUUCAGCGUGGAGGAGGAGUGCCCCAGGCUGGUGGCGUGGGCGAAGCGCUGCGGGGAGAGGGAGAGCGUCGCCAAGAACCUCACGCCGCCGGAGAAGGUCUACGAGUUCAUCUGCGGCAUGAAGAAGAGGUUCGGCAUCGAGUAGACGUGGUUGUUGUGGUGCGGUGGGUGGUGCGUGGUUUGGUUCGGUUGGUGUGACGAUGGGAUGCUAUUUUCGUACGUGUCGGGUGUUGUUGGUGUCAGUGUCUGUAGUGUGUGUCCGAUCCGUGUCCCGAUCUGGCGUGCAGGGGGAAGGGCCGUGUGGCCAUCCUGCACUCCAGCGUCGGGCAACAGUACAGCUGAAUAAAGAAAGGAUUUCCGUGGA